AACACUAGCAGUUCUUAAACACUCUUCUGACCAAAGACAAAGCCUGGGAUGUGAGGCAGUCCUCCCGUUCUCUUACCACUUGGCGUCUCUUAAAAUGUGCGAACACACACAAUGCCCCUGAGGCUUCGGAGACAGGCGGAGAACGAGAGACAGAGCAGGGCGACGGAACGAGAGAGGGGAGGGCGACCAGGAAGCGGGCUGAAGAGAAAGCAGAACGCGAGGGAGAGAGACGCUCACUCAAGACUGUCACGCUCGGGACGGCGUAGGAGAGGUUUUGUCUCUCUCGAUCGCAAGUGCACUCGCACAACGGUGCUUUUAAACAAAGAACCGUUUAAACCGCAGGUGCUACCAGCCACCAACGGAUUUCCCAUGCAACAACGGGAUUUUUUUCACAAACAAAAGGACACAUCUGUGACACUUGGAUAAGUAGCCUACAGAAAACGUCAGACAAAGAGCGCCCGCGAAGGUAAAGAAACUUACUGGAAAAAGUUUGUAGGCUAUUUUUUCUGUUCACCGUUACAGGCGAUAUUUUUAAAGUGGAGUUUUAAUUUGUAUAACUUACGCUUAAACGCUUUACUGUCUUGUGGCUAUAUCCAUCGGGAAGACCGCAUUGCCUGGCGCUGGCGUGAUUUCCUCUGGCUCUUAAGUCUCAGGAGCGAGUAGAGCUUUGAUUUCUUUAGGCUCAGGGGCGUCUGGUGGGGAGUCUGACUGCCGGCUAAAGCAGAGGAGGAUAGAAGUUGAAGAAGCUGGAGACAGAGGCUGCAAACUCUUGGGAGGAGUUUUUUCACCAUGACUUAAAGCAACUCCCCGCAAGACGCAUACAUACACAACCCUGUGAAGCUUUGGCUGAACAGCAAAGAAUGUACCAUCCAGCAUUUUGAUUGUAGGCUAUGUAAUCAGCUUAUAGACCCCACCCCACCUCAAGACAUCAAAAAGAACUAAUCAAAGACACUUCACAGGAGAUAUUUUGUAAAUAAGUCGUUUGAAGGAGCCACUUCUGUUUGUUGACUUUUUUUAUACUUAACUGACCAUUCAUGGUGGACCAGGGGUUGAGAGACCAGGGGUUCAUUGAGUAGCUGUUACAUAACGGUCAACCCUCAUCGCUGGUCCUCCUGUUUCUUUGAGACAUGUACAACAGCACCCAGCUGAUAGAUAACAUCACCCAGUCAUGGGCCUACGGCAACGGCAGCACCAUGCCACCGGCAUUGGACACGCCGUGCCCCAAGAACGACAGCUUCAAGUACCCACUGUACAGCACAGUGUUCAGCAUUGUGUUUGUGGUGGGCCUCAUCACCAACGUGGUGGCCAUGUACAUCUUCCUGUGCUCACUGAAGCUGCGCAACGAGACCACGACGUACAUGAUGAACCUGGUGGUGUCAGACCUGCUGUUCGUGCUCACACUCCCGCUGCGGGUUUUCUACUUCAUCCAGAGGGACUGGCCGUUUGGCGGGACACUCUGCCAGCUGUCCGUCUCGCUCUUCUAUACCAACAUGUACGGCAGCAUUUUCUUUCUCACCUGCAUUAGCGUUGACCGCUUCCUGGCUAUCGUGUACCCGUUCCGCUCACGGGCGCUGCGCACCAAGCGCAACGCCCGGAUUGUGUGCGCGGGCGUGUGGGUGUCAGUGCUGGCCGCAAGCCUGCCGACGGGAUUCCUGCUGGAUCCCACGACCCGAAAGAACAACACAAGCAGCGGUGGCGGCGGUGGCCAGUUCUGCUUCGAGAACUUCUCGUCCACACAGUGGAAGUCGCACCUGUCCAAGGUGGUCAUCUUCAUCGAGACAGUGGGCUUCCUCAUCCCACUGCUGCUGAACGUCUUCUGCUCGGUCAUAGUUCUCCGGACGCUCCGGAAGCCCCAGGCACUGGGCCGCGGCGGCAAGCUCAACAAGACCAAGAUUUUGCGCAUGAUCUUUGUGCACCUCUGCAUCUUCUGCUUCUGCUUCAUCCCCUACAACGUCAACCUGGUCUUUUACUCACUGGUGCGCACAAAGACUCUGCAGGGCUGCCAGGUGGAGUCAGUGGUGAGGACCAUCUACCCGGUGGCGCUCUGCAUCGCCGUCUCCAACUGCUGCUUCGACCCCAUCGUCUACUACUUCACGUCGGAGACCAUCCAGAACUCGAUGAAGCGCAAGUCUCAGGUGGGCCGUGGCUACGACGUCAAGUUCUCCGAGGCCAUGCAGUCGGAGACCUCCACCAGCCUUCGUUUCAAUCUGCAGACACUCAAAGCAAAAGUCUUCAACAAUGAGUCCAAUGUAUAAGAGGCUUUUAAUGUUGGGGUGGGGUGGGUCCCGAUGGGAAUAUGGGGAGUGAUCGUUUGUGGAGAAGGACAGGGGAUGUGCAAGUGAGCUCUCAGAGACCCCGAAGGCCCUGAGAGACCUAUCAAACAGGUGCUUGGGUCCGGAUAUGUGGAGAGGAGAGUUUCAAAGUUCUCAGUUCAGACAGACAAAGAAACCACAUGAUGCAUGAUACUUGUACACAUUCAUGGAUGUGCCAUUCUACCCUUACACUCUCCAUUUUUCAGAUGUGAGAAAGGGGCAAAUGGAAUGAAUGCUUAUACUCCUCUCAACUGGAACUUAAACUGAACACUGGAGACUAUAUAUAUAUAUAUAUAUAUAUAUAUGUGUAUAUAUACAAAAAAUGUGUGUGUAGAAAUGUAUUUGAGUCGGUCUUGUGAAAGUGAAAGCUAACAUACAUUAUUUAAUUUCACAUUAAACCAUAUAAUUCAUUGCUCAAUGCUGUUUCUGGCUACUGAUCCUUUCCUGUAGGUCACUAAUGACAGAGAGGUAUGUAGCUUAAGCACCAUGCUACUGUAACCAUUAAACCAGAGCUAUUAAGGGCACUUAAUGUUAGAAUUCAAAUUAUAUUGCACUGACAUUUAAUGUCUAUGACCAAUGCCACUCUGUAUUUUUUCAAGAGGUCGUUAACCGGCCAAAUAAAGCAUAAUGUGUCAUAAAGGCACUUUCUAACAGCAACAUUUUUGCUAUGUGGCAUGCUUUGGCACAGACAGUUUUGAAAUGUUUGAAAUUGUUUCUUCUCUCAGAGAGCAGCUCUGAUCCCCAGCUGGUCUUUUCUUUAUUUAAGACUUUGUGACUUCGCAGCAGCACAAACCAUGCACAGUUGUCUGACACAAACAUUUCAGGGGGAAAGGUUAGCAAGGUGGUGCGAAAGGAGAGUGCAGAUUCCUCUUCAUUUCACUCUGGGGAGUGUCUGUCUCCUGGCUUCAGAGGCGAUCCCUUCCACCCAGCAGUGUAAUCCACUUCCAGUUCCUUCGAGUACCAGGGACAGGAAAUAGUUGAAAGACUGAGAGGAUGUCACUUAUUUUUAAAGUAUUUCAAAUAGAAGCAGUGGUAUGUGACAUUUUUGCUGACUAGUCUGACUAACAGGAAACGGGUGUCUUGGCCAUGUUUACGGCCAGUUAUUUGGCUUCAUCAGCUACAUUACCAAGACAAGCUAACGUAGCUAGGGGAGUUUGCUUAGAGCAAACCUAAUUAGUGAGCACAGUGAGUCUGGUUAAAUGUCAUAUGGGGAGGACGUCAGAGCCCAAGCACGUGAGUGAAGAGUACCACAGAGAGCAAUGGGCACACAUUCAAGGGGAGAACUUGAGAGUUGUCUGCGGUGUGGUUCAUUCGUCUGAUUCAUGACAUCCACUGGCCUGCACCAGUGAAUGAGAACCCUCCACCCCCUGCAGGGGGGCCAGACUUGAGUGAGUUGAGGCCCGGCAUCAGACCAAAGACAUUCUGCGCUAAAAAUACCCCGUGAAAAACACACCGGGUCGGUUUGUGUCAGACGCCUGGGCGCUCAGUGAACAGUCAUUUCGAGAAAAAAGUCUGUGAAUCCAGUUUCACCCUUCCAAUUCCAAUCUUUUAUUCUCAGUUCCUCAGUGCAUGUGUGUUUGUGUGUGUCUGCUUGUGUGAGAGGAAAUGUGUGUGAGUCGUUUAUGCACGUUUCUUAAAGACUUCCACCUAUGUUGCAACAAGUAGCAGCUCACCAUUUGCCAAGACCACUCAAGCCUGGCACAUUUUUGAUCAACAAAGGAUUAAAGGACUAAGCACCAGAUUACGCUCAUGUUAAAAAAAGAAAUAUUUGCAGAGUUCAGUGGAGUGAUUUUUCCACUGUUUUGCCCCCCUGCGUUUUGACCUGGCAUAAGAGACGGGGCCAAACAUCAAAGCUCUGGCCUCAGAAGCAGGCGUGUGUUUUGUUCCUCGUCACUACUGAGAAAGCCUUGAACCUCAGACAACAAUCUAUCAUGUUCUGAAUUUACCACCAAAUAAUGUAGUGGCAGAUAAGGAGAAGAAGAACUCGGAGAGCUUCACAUGCAUGAGAACUCGGUGAAGAAUUGUCUUCAGCUGCUGUUUUGAAUAUUGAGGCUGUAUGGAAGCUCAUUCCCUCACUGUAUCUUUAUAGCUAUCGCAGACAGAUACCAUAACCAUCCAGAUCCCCCAGGCCUGGGAACACUGAAACUGUGUGUGUGAGUGUGAGUGUGAGUGUGUGCACGUGCGAGUGCGUGCGUGUGUGUGUGUAGAGGUGAUUCAGCAGUACUGAUCCCCUCUGGCUACACAGAGAAGCCUGCCACUGAGGCCCAGCCCCUAUGAUGGACGAGCUGCUUGCUAAUUGGAGAAAAGACUCCUGCAACUGCCACUGCUUACAUUAGUCACGUGUGUGUGUGUGUGUGUCAGUGUGUGUGAAAACCGUUGCGCACCAGUGAUAUGAUUUUGUGUUUAUACUGUACAUGUGUGUGAGUGUGUUUCUGUGAGUAAAUGCAUACAGUAUUCACGUUUCUGUGUG